GUUAGGUUACAUCAGUUUGCCUUGAGUUGCAGUUGCUGUAAGGAUCUCGUCUCCUCGAAGCAGAGUGAUGAGUGCAUAGUCUGAGCUUUGCAUUUUAAAGAUUAAAUCGUCUUUUUCUGUAAAAAAAAAAGUAUAUUGUUUGGAACAAUGAGUGGAACUUAUGAGAAAAAGCUACCUGGGCUUCUGACCGACAUCCAGGGCUCAAUGGGAUGUCACCCUGCGAAAGAUUCUCCUACUCUCCCAGAAUCUACGGCGACGGAUGUUGGGUACUAUAACCCCCAAUCCUGCCACCCUCAGCACGAUUACUAUCCGACUUCAGCCUAUUCUCAGCCCGUGAACCACUAUCCAUAUCAUCAGUUUAAUCUGAACAACAUCCAAGGGCCUGGCUCCUAUUCACAAAAGCCCGAGUAUGCUUACAACAAUUCGUACCGUCAGUAUGGGCACUUCAACCGGGAUCCUCAAAUGUCAGCGGCUGAGAGGGUUUCAGUGAAAGAAGAACCGGAGCCCGAAGUGCGAAUUGUGAACGGGAAGCCCAAAAAGAUUCGCAAACCCAGGACAAUCUACUCAAGUUUCCAGCUGGCGGCUCUGCAGAAACGCUUUCAAAAGGCGCAGUACCUGGCAUUACCUGAGCGAGCAGAAUUGGCAGCCUCCCUGGGACUUACGCAAACACAGGUGAAAAUCUGGUUUCAGAACAGAAGAUCCAAGUUUAAGAAGCUAUACAAAAAUGGAGAGCUCACAAUGGAGCACAGUCCCAACAACAGUGACUCCAUGGCGUGCAAUUCACCACCUUCUCCAGCCGUGUGGGAGAACCAUAGUUCAACCAGGAACCCCCUCCAACAUCAAGCCCCGCAUAACUCGUCUCAGAGCUACCUGGACGACUUCAAUCACUGGUACCCACCCCACCCCUCAGGCUCUCACUUACCAGCAACAAACUCACUGCACCAGCCACCACCUCAGAGUACUGGAGCAGUCUACUAAAACUUUUAUUUUUACUUCAGAACUUUGAAACUCUUGACUUUUUGAUCUCUUGCUGUUUUGGAAAACAACAACAACAACUUGCAUCUCUAUAGCUCCUUUAAAAGUAGGGGGGAAACAUCCCAGAGCUCUUCACAGAAGUGUCAAAAAACAUAAAUAAAUUAAUGAAUAAAGCUCUACAUCCACGCUGCAGAAGAGCCUGGAAAGCAGAAAUAAACUUUCAGCAUUCCCCCCCCAUUCAUUUCUCUUGUAAAACACAGCAGUUUUGUACAGAAUACCAAAAACUGUAUAAAUGAGGAACAAAAUGGGGGUAUUUUGUAACUGUCAGUUGUCAGAUCUCCACUGCACACUGAACCGUUAUAACUUUUCCCAAUUUUAGUAACAAGCAACCUUCUGCAUUCCUUUGCCUAUGUUUUGUUAUAUUAUUUAAGUUUUUUUGAUCUAUUGGAGUGGUUAAAUUAUUACUGCCUGUAUAUUAUUAGAGAGUAGCGGCCAGUUUGUUUGAUGUAGCAGAUAAUAAUGUAUUCAUUGAACUAUGUCCAAUGCAGUAAGAUUAAAAAGUGCGGUAUUCACUGUAAAAUAGGAAGUCAGUUUGCAAUAGACAAUAUAAUGGAGCACAAACUGUCUCAACGAAUAGCAGGAACUCUAUUUAUGAUGCUCUGUCAGGAUAUCUUUUUCUAAAAAAAACUGUGUAUAUAAAAUUUUACACACCAAUUGUAAAAUAAUAAUUAAGCAAAUCCUUGCGGGUAAUUUUUAAGAAUAUAUGUGACACUGGGAGGAAUUCCUCAAAUACAUGAAAAUUUCAUUGCAAUUAUUUGGCUUGUAAAGGACAUCCAAGAAGCACCAAACUCUGUUGUAAUUUACCUUCUGUUUUGUAAUAAAUAUUUUAAAUGCUUAUUUGAUGAUGUUCUUGAGAAUAAUGUUAAUAAAAAAAAAUCAUUCCACAACUUGAAAGCUGUUGACAAGAUAGCUUACUCAAAGCUCGACUCUGUAUGGUUUGAACCCCUGUAUUCACGUCGUGGACAGACACUAAGCUAUAAAAGUCACCAUAAAAUAAUUAAAUAUUAAUACUUCCA